GCUAUUGUUUAGAGCAGGAAACCGUCGGUUAACGUUACGAGUGCACGCAGCAACUGCUGGGAUAUCUUGUCCCUUAUUGAUGUGUCUUUGCCUUUACUCCGUGCAGCAUGACCGUGGGAAGGGCUGCUUCUCCAGAGGAAAGGGAAUUUGAUUACCAGUAUGCUUAUAAGUGGAAUAAACACAUCCGACACGCAUCCAGCUGCUGCUGCUGCUGCUGCUGCUAGCUCGCGAGGUAGCUAUCUACCGUAGCUUACCAGUGUGGGAAGCGAGCUAACCGUGGCUAGCCAGUCAGUCGCUCUCCGACUAGCUACAGUUCACCUCCAAGGCGUGAAAGUUGAUAAUUACCUGUACCUGGAUACUAGGCCAGCUAGUUACCGGUUUUUGUGUAACGUCAAGGGACAAAAUGGAGCUGUUCCAAGCCAAAGACGACUACAUUCUCCAGAGCGGAGAUCGUGCUCUGUGGUGCAGCCGAAAAGACGGGACCAUGACAGUCAGACCUGCAACAGACCUGUUGUUAGCUUGGAAUCCAGUGUGUUUGGGCGUGGUAGACGGUAUCAUUGGAAAGAUACAGCUUCACACAGACCUUCCUCUGGGCCUCGUAUUAAUACGCCAGAAAGCACUGGUGGGCAAUUUACCAGGCAACCACAAAGUCUACAAGAUCACCAAGAUAGCCGUCAUUCCCCUGUCUGACGAAGAGCCUCAGGAGCUGGAGCUGGAGGGGAGCUUCAUGGAUGGUGAGACAGAAUAUUUUCAACUUUGCAAGAAGCAUCACUUUGGAAUCGACAGACCAGACAAACUGGCCCAGUCUCCUGAUGAAUCAAAGUUCUUGAUGAAGACCUUCAGCCAGAUCAAAUCUAAUGUUGCUGUGCCCAUCAAGAAAAAGUAUUCCCCUGCCUUCCAGGUCAAGGAAAAUAAAGAGAAAGAACGUCUGGAGAGGCGGCUGCUGGAUGAGCUGUACAAGGUAUUCAUGGACUCCGAUUCCUUCUACUACAGCAAGACCUACGACCUGACAAACAGUGUGCAGCGCCAGGGAGACUCGGAUAGGUCCAGCUUACCCCUAUGGAAACAGGUGGACGACCGUUUCUUCUGGAAUAAACACAUGAUCCAGGACCUUAUUGACCUUCAGGUGCCAGAGGUGGACUUCUGGGUGAUACCAAUCAUCCAGGGCUUUGUACAGGUGGAGGAACUGGUGGUGAACUACAACGAGACAUUCGACGAAGAGAGGAGCAGCCCUGAAACGCCACCACAGGAGGUCACCUGUGUUGAUGAUAUCCACCCCCGCUUUACUGUGGCCCUAAUCUCCAGACGCAGUCGUCACCGCGCAGGGAUGCGGUACAAACGCAGAGGAGUGGAUACUGAUGGCCAUGUGGCUAACUAUGUGGAGACAGAACAGUUAAUCCACGUGCACAGCCACACUCUGUCCUUUGUGCAGACUCGUGGCUCCGUGCCUGUCUUCUGGAGCCAGGCGGGGUACCGCUACAAUCCCCGGCCACGCUUGGAGAAAGGAGAGAAGGAGACCAUGUCUUACUUUUCUGCUCACUUUGAAGAACAGCUUAAACUCUACAAGAUGCAGGUCAUCAUUAACUUAGUGGAUCAAAGUGGACGGGAGAAGAUAAUUGGGGACGCGUAUCUGAAGCAAGUCCUGCUUUACAACAACCCAAACCUCACAUAUGUUUCAUUUGACUUUCAUGAGCACUGCCGAGGUAUGAAGUUUGAGAAUGUGCAAGUACUGACAGAUGCGAUCUCUGACCUCAUCACUGACAUGAAGUGGGCCUGGGUGGAUCAGGCCGGAGUCAUCUGCAAGCAGGAGGGUAUCUUUAGAGUCAACUGUAUGGACUGCCUCGACAGGACCAACGUGGUCCAGGCUGCUAUUGCUCGGGUGGUGAUGGAACAACAGCUGAAGAAACUGGGUGUGAUGCCUCCAGAGCAGCCUCUGCCUCUCAAAUGCUACAGGAUUUAUCAGAUCAUGUGGGCCAACAAUGGAGACACCAUCAGCAGACAGUAUGCAGGCACAGCAGCGCUCAAGGGAGAUUUCACCAGGACGGGGGAGAGGAAACUGGCUGGUGUGAUGAAGGAUGGCGUGAACUCAGCCAACCGCUACUAUCUGAACCGCUUCAGGGAUGCUUAUAGACAGGCAGUCAUUGACCUAAUGAUGGGCCUGCCAGUGACAGAGGACCUGUACUCCAUCUUUAGUAAGGAGAAGGAGCAUGAAGAGAAAGAGAAAGAGAGCCAGAGGGGAGCACAGGAGCAGGUCAGCCUCCUGCUACAGACCUACAUGCAGCUUUUGCUGCUUGAUGAUGAGAAGUUUCAUGGAGGUUGGGCCCUCAUCAAUUGUGACAUGAGCCUCAUUGAUGCAACCAACAAAGACGUGGAUGUGCUGCUGCUUCUGUCUGACAAAGCCUAUUACAUUGCAUACUACGAUGAAGAAGCAGACAAAGUCGACCAAUACCAGCGCCUCCAUUUAGAGGGUUUGGAAAAGAUCGAAAUCGGUCCAGAGCCUACUCUGUUUGGGAAGCCAAAGUUCUGCUGUAUGCGUUUGCAUUACAGGAAUGAAGAGACGAGUGGAUACUUUCACACACUGAGAGCAGCAACACGAAAUCCUGAGGAUGAUGGAAAAGACACAUUACAAUGCAUAGCUGAGAUGCUUCGCAUAAUGAAGCAGGCCGCAGGGCUGGACCUGCUUGUGGUUGAAAAGAAGCUGGAGAGGCGGCAGAGUAGGCCUCAUGAGGAUAUAAUGGGCAUCCAGAACAAACCUGCUGACCAUGUCCAGGGUAGCUCUGGUCUAGCUCAGGGCAAAAGUUUCCUCCUCAACAAGUUCUCCUCUCUUAAUCAGAAAGUUAAACAGACCAAGACGAACGUAAACAUUGGCCCCUUCAAGCCCCUCGGGAAGCUGGGCAACUUCUCUAAGCCUGAUGUAAAAGUCAAUUUCCUAAAGCCAACAAUGCAUGUCAACCUGUGGAAGUCAGACAGCAGCUUGGAAACAUCAGAUAGCAACCCUGGCACAGGAGCCCGAAAAGAUAUCGGUGACGGGCACUCUGAAAUGUCAGACGACUCUGACUCGUACAAUUCGGACCCAGACCACCAGUGUUCUGGUUCUUUAGAAAACGUGGACUAUGUUCUGCCCAGCUGCGGCAUUGUAGCAUCAAACCCACGGCUGGGCAGUCGCUCCCAGUCUAUUGGCAGUGUGGAGCUAAAUAUCCCCUCUAUUAUCCGAGUCACUGGCUGUGAUGAGAAGCAGGAAAGAACCUCUCAAGACAGUGAUGACAAAUCCCCAGGGGCCGCCUCGGUGGCUGAAGAAGCCAUUCUGAUUGACUUUGGUACGCCCAUUGAUGCCUACUGCCAGCAGUUUGUCCAGGAUGCACAGACCAAACCUGUUGAGGUCUUUGGAGAACAGCCGCCCCCACUCAACCCUGUGGUUCCUGUGCAGAAUAAGACCCUAGCAGACCCAGACAAGCGGCCCAGCUCUGAGCCGCAGCAUAAGCCGGAGGAGCCCCAGCUCCCCAGGCCGUCCCAGCUAGACGUCGACUCCACUACCUCCAGUUCCAACCUCCUCGCUGUCCAAAAGCUCAGCUCUGCGGCCUCCGGAGGCUCUCAGAGGAGCCUUUGUUCACAGAUGGAGGGCAGCCUCGGCCCUUCACCUGCUGACAGCAACGGCAGCCGAGUGGUGUCCCCCUUCGCCAAGAUCAAGAGCUCCAUGGUCCAGGUGGCCAGCCUCACCCAGGCGGGACUCACCCAGGGCAUCAACUUUGCUGUGGCAAAGGUACAGAAGAGCCCAGAGCCAGACACUGUCAACGAAGCUCAAGACAGCGAGCUGAAGGCAAUGUUUACACAGUGCCAGACCAGGAUCAUUCAGAUCUAGUGCUUUCCUUGUAGCAGGAUUUUGUAGUCGUUCGUCGUGUUGAAACUUCCUGUAUGGUAGCAGUAGCAAAAGCUUGCACAUAGCGUCACUACUCGGCCAAGAACUGCACUCUUAAAUCCGCCCUUUAGUUAAACUUGCCCGUGUUAAUUAUGACUCUUCUACAGAAUUUAGGAACAUAUACUUGAGCCCAACAUGACAGUGACCAUGUUUACAUGCACAUAAUUAUGGACUUUUAGGAGAUCACUGAUUGUCCAGUUUUGAGCUAAGUGUUGAAUAAGCAAUUAUGAUAUCCUGUGUCCAAUUUUAUACAGUGGAACUUCUGAUUAAUGAGUGUACAUUCAUAUCCUAAAAUACUAUUCCCAUUAUGACUACCUUAAGAGACCAAAAAACAAGAUGGAAGAAGAUAUUUUGUUUUUUUUAAGAUGUUUUAAACUCAUGUACUGUACAUGUACUUCCAGAGUGGUAUGCAGAGUAUUUUUGUGCAUGUAAACAAUGUCACUAUCCAUAGUCUGAAUGGUUAUUAUACCCACAGUGCUUGCAUGUGAGGUUAAUGGUAGCUGAUUUUGACACGGCCGGUAUACGUUAGCUGUAUGUUAAAAGACCAGUCUGACUUUAUCAUGUACUGUACGUCAUCCUGUAUGUGCAGGUCACUUAUUGUGAUAUAGACCACGUAAUAACCUUCAAUUUGUAACAGUUGUAGAAUCCGACCAAAUAUCUUUUUUGAUUCCCAAAGGACCCUUCUGUGUUAACUAUUACCCUUUGUACAGCUAUCAGAAACUAGCCAGACAACAUACUGUACGUAGUUACCCUAUGUAAUAUUAAUGUUGUCAAGUGUAACUUAGAAGAUAUACCGUUAUAGAAAUAAUGACUACACAAGACAUUAGUAUGAGUAUCCUGGUUGUUGAUAUGUACAGUGAGUAUCGUGUGUUUAUCUGUUCCCUGAGUAGAGCCUUCCCUUAAGCUUUUUGGAUAGAUGGUAGGGUGGGAUCUCAAAGAGGUAUGAGCAUUAUAUUUUUAAAAGAACUCCCAGUACUGUCAUUGCUAACCAUGAAUAACCAGAAAACUACUGGUUGGAGUUGUUUUUGAUAGGUAAAAUGUAAUGAAAUAACUAUUCUGCUAAUGGUUGUACUAGUAAACUAUGAGGGUUCUCGGCCAGCGUUGUACAUUGACGUUGCAUGUUUGACAAAGACAGGAGAGUAGCAUAUAGUAGGUAUAUAUGCAAUUGCACCCAUCCAAUUAUUAGAACCACUGACGUUUUAUGCACUCCCCAAACUAAAAGCAUAUUUGCCUUAACAGGGAAUUGAAGUGGGAUUAUGUAUAUCAGGUAUUUAUGGAAAAAUCUACCUUUUUAAGUCCAUUCUUACAUGUUACAUUUGGUGUAUUGUAUAACAGAUCAUGUUACUGUAUGUCAUCAAGCUUUAUCUGGGGAUAUUUCAUCCACUGGCACAUAACAUUCUCCAUAGAGAUGAGCAGGUUUUGGAGAUGUGUUUGCCGUUUUUUUUUGUUUUUACUGCUGCUGGUAUAUAGGAGUGCUUGUCUUAGAGUUAGUUAUAUUUAUGUGCUAUGAACCCGUUAACAUUGUUGCAUUGUACAUGUUUUUCCGUUAACCCCAAGUGAGGUUUUGCCUCGUUAGUCACCCGUUACACUUGUGGUUAUCAUUCAGUGUUAUCAUGAACAUGUCCCUUAUGACCGUCCUCCAGAAGAAAUUAUAAUGUAUCAAGGCCACCUCAUUACACUGCUUUGUAUAUCUGUGUCUAUUUAUGAUAAAUAUUAAUAAUCUGGUUUUCUUUGAGCUGAAAUAUCCCAAGAUAAACGGUCACCGGUUUCAUAUUUUGUGUUAAAUUUGCCUGUUUGAAUUCAGCUUGCUCACCAGCAGAUGAGAAGUGCAACACUUGUAUAUUUUAUCUGACUAUACUUGGGUUAUUUGAGAUUGUAGCCUUGGCUGCUUUGUGGGUGCUAUAUAGUUAUUAAACCUGCGGAUAGUGUGUGGUGCUGCCAAAAGCUUUAAGGUAAUCGCUGCAAAGUUUGAAUGCAGAUGCAGGUGUUCUUUUCAUUUUUUAACUUCCCGGAGGAUUGCAAACACUGGAGCGGUUGUCAAGCAUAGCAGAAACAUCUUCUGUCCCGUACUUGCUGUGUUAAACUAGAAGAACAGUAAUCCUCAACAUUCCCGAUAGAGACCACAAUGCUAUAGUGUUGGUGUCUGGUUUUUAUAUGCAAAAGCUGGAAUAGUUUAAUUUGAUUCUAUAUUUGCUGGGUGAGAUUUUUUUUUUUUUUCCCCUUUCCUCUUUUUUUUUUUU